AUGGAGCAGCUUGGUCUGAACCCUCACGGAUGGAAACAGAAGUUCAAGAUCAACACAGGGACUGCCGAGUCUACUGAACCGCUGGACUUUGACCUCGAUCCAUUCACCUUUAAACCUUUGGAGGUGGAUCUUUCUGGGUGGCCUGGACGACCGGGGGCAAGGCGACUACCGUAUAGCGUCCUGGUUGGAGUAUACGUUCAAGUCUCAAGUACACGAAGUCGACUCAAAAUUGUUCGAGUCCUCACCAACUUCAUCCACUUCCUCCUCCAGCAUUUCCAGAAUGACCUGAUUCCAUCUCUAUACCUCUUGUCGAACCACCUCAAGCCCUCCUAUGUGCCUUGCGAAUUAGGCAUAGGGUCUCAAAUCCUGUCAAGAGCCAUUCAAGAGGUCUCAGGCCUUCAACCUAGAGAUUUGAAAAAGCUCUGGGAGAAAUGGGGUGACCCAGGGGACGUAGCGUUCGAAGCCAAAAAUAAUCUCCGGACGCUGAUCAAACCUAAUCCUCUGGGAUCGACCGAUGUCUACAGGCGCAUGGUCUCGCUCAGUGGCAUCAAGGGCGCCCAGAGUGGCAAGGUAAAAGGAGAUGUAGUGAGGAGAUUGAUGGUGGCUGCCAGAGGGGAAGAAGUCCGGUUCCUGGUCAGGAGUCUGGUGGGCAACUUGAGGAUCGGAGCCGUGCGCCUUACUCUUCUCACCUCCCUCGCUCGCGCCACAGCUAUCUAUCUCGCUCCACAGGAUCUACUCGCGUCAAUUCGACCGCUCCCGGCAGAUCCACCAAAAGCUGCGCCGGGUCAAAAACGUGUUCCUCGACCCAAACCUCAGCCUGACCCUGCUCGGGACAAGAUGGAAGAGCUUUGCAUCGAAGCCGUCAAACUCGUCCGAAAAGUCUACGUAAGACAUCCAAAUUACAGUGAUCUGGGUGAGGCUAUCAUCAAGGGAGGUCUGAUUGGAUUGGAGGACAGAGUCCCUGUCAGUGUUGGCGUACCCCUUUCUCCAAUGCUGGGCUCUAUCACCCGAUCCUUGGGCGACGUGUUUACUCGGCUGGGCACUCUGCCGUUCACUGCCGAAGCCAAGUUGGACGGUCAACGCGUACAGAUUCACGCCAGGCGGAAUGGCCCACAAGGCCAAGAAGAUGGCGGUGGAAGAUGGGUUCAGAAUGACCAGGGGGACAAAGUCUGGGUCAGGCUCUUCAGUCGACACCUCGAAGAUAUGACUGAAAAGUACCCUGAUAUAUGCCAAAUGGUCUUGGCCCUCCUUCUUCGACCAUUACCGGCGAGCCGGACACCGUUCCCUUCGACCUCAUCUGAACCUCUGCCAGAUGUCAUUGCUUUGCUUUCCAAUCCCACUAUUGACAGCUUCAUCAUGGACGCCGAAGUCGUCGCGAUUGACAAGACGACGGGUGCUUACAGGACAUUCCAAGAACUAACAAAUCGGGCUAAGAAGGAUGUCAGGGUGGAAGAUAUCAAAGUUGUCGUUGGAGUGUACGCAUUCGAUCUCAUGCUUUUGAAUGACCAGCCUCUGCUCAACUCGCCAUUUUCUCACCGUCGCCAUAUCCUUCGAACCCUCUUCCCACCCUUUUCCGUCACAUCUGAUCCCCUUAUCGCACGAUUCAAACACGUCGAAUGUCUCGACUCGCUGGCUUGUACAGACAUCACGGCGGAAAUGCAAGCAUUCUUCGAAACUGUCGUAGAGCAGAAAUGUGAAGGUCUCAUGGUCAAGCUGUUAGAAUCGGGAGAAGGUAUAACGGGGGACGAUGAAGAGCCUGAGGACGGAGACGACGGUGGAGCCAGAGGGAAAAAGGCCAAAGGUGGACAAGGGCCCACUGGUGGAAAGAAGAAACCUCUUCCAGCGACGUAUGAGCCUGAUCAGAGGAGUCAGGGGUGGCUCAAGGUCAAGAAGGACUACCUCGAGGGCCUUGGCGACUCACUCGACCUGGUUCCCAUUGGCGCAUGGUGGGGACAGGGCAGGAAAGCUGGUUGGUGGAGUCCAAUCCUGCUUGCUUGUCACAAUGCCGAAUCUGGAGCUCUAGAAGCGGUGUGCAAAUGCUUCACCGAUCAGUUCUAUAAAGACCUGAUUGCCCGGUAUCCGCCUCAUAACGCUGUGCCUGAGAAAUGCAAUACAGACUCGCAAUUGAGUUAUUGCGAUACAGGCGGCCUAAGACCCGAUGUUUGGUUCUCCCCAGACGAAGUGUGGGAGAUCAGAGGUGCCGAUAUCACCCUUUCGCCAGUCUAUCCCGCCGCAGCGUCAUUAUUGGGCUCGGAACGUGGAUUGUCGAUCCGGUUCCCGCGGUUUAUGAAGUUGCGUGAGGACAAAUCGUGGGAACAGGCGACGUCGAGCGAGCAAUUUGCGGAUAUGUACAGAAGGCAGAUACGGGAAGCUCCGGCUAGAAAGGCUCCUGAUGAGGCCGGAGGAGGCGAGGGAGGCUCGAGUGAGAUUGGAGUGGUUAGAGUCCGCGAGGGGUCCGACGAAGGUCAUGCGAGGAGUGAUGAUGUCGAUGAGGAUGAUGAGCAAGGGGAGGAUGAGGAUGAUGCCAUCGAGGACGAGGACCUGCAAGAGGACAAUUUGUGA